AUGGUUUUCAAUCGGCAAAUACUGCCAAAUGGGAAAAAGCCGCUGGGUCGUCAGAAGGUGGCGACAGGGCUGGAGCUGUACAAGCUGGGUGAUCUGGUCUGCGCUGAAUUGGACGGGACGAGAGUCAUUAAAUCCCUGGAGACGCUGACGAGAGAAAUUGGUACCAAAAAGAAAGCAAAGCGGGCGCUGAAAGCUUUCGGCUGCAUCCCGGAAACAUGGAAGCAGAAGCUCCUGGCGCCGCUAACGGAGGCUGAGCUGCUGGCGGAGUCAGAAUACGUGAAGGUAGAGGGAUCCAUUGUUCCCUGGAAAAUUGACAAAGUGGAGCAAGGGGAGCUAGUCUGCCGAGCAUGUGACUGCACGGGGACGCCACUAGAAGGAGAAGCGGAAAGGGUUACCACGCUGGACCCGUACACGGUGCAGCCGCUGAUUGUUCGGGAAGGGCGGGUGAUUGGAGCAGCUGGCCUACCCGAGGUGAGGCUAAGGGUUUCGGAGCUAUGCGCGGAAGGCCAACUCCCCCUUUUCAAACUGCUGAGAGGGCUGUUCGAGGUGCCGCGUGGUGAAGCGCGGCAGCAUGCAAAGUGGGCGGAAGAUUGGGGGAAGCAGAUGGAUUGGGCCAGCAUCAUCAGAGUCCGGGACUCACCAGUGCUGCCGAACCGGGCGCGGGAUGUCUUGCUUCGGCUACACUGCCGGAACCUACAGGUCGAGGUGCGGCUGCGGUUCCUGGAAGGGGUUCUGUGCCCGCACUGCGGAGAGGAGGAGACAGCAGAGCAUUGCACCACCAAUGGCUCAAACUCUCCUCCCCAUCCCACCCCUCCCCUCUCCCUCCUCUCCCUCCUCCUCCUCCGCCUAUCCCGCGCCCUCACAACCCUCCCCACGCCCUCCGACCUGCGAUUCACGCUCCUCACCAUCAUCGCCAUCUCGCCUCUCGUGUACCUCUUCGCCUCCUGGGCUGACGCCUUCUACCUCCCCCAAGCCGGCUUCCCCAUCUCCCUCAUCCUCUUUGUCUUCGUCUUCCCUUCCUUUUGGGAGGAGCUCUUCUUGAGGGUUCUCCUCAACCCGCAUCCUGCCGAGCCCCCCUCUCCUCUACCCACAUGGCUUCACACUCGCAUCACUUCCCUCCUCUCUCGCGCCUCCUCCCUCCUCGCUCCUUUCGUCUCCUCCGUCCCGAUUCUGCGCUCCUUCCCGCUCCCUCGGGAUUGGCUCGCGGAUCCGAAAGAGAUCUGGGUCGGCCUGGGCGGCAAUCUUGGUGCACUGGAUGGCGGUGUCUGUCUGGAUGUGCUUGGGAGGAAGGCACCAGGCACCAUUCUGAAACGUUACACAGACUGA